ACGCCAUUGAAGAAACCAACCUCCCUUUCGGAGAAAUUUCCUCAACACAAAUCUACUUUCCCCUAUUUAUACUUUCUGCCUCUGCCCCAUUUUAUCCUCUCAUACCAUUCCUGAUUUUUUCCUUUAUCAUUCCCCUGUUUUCCUCUGUUUUUUUUCCUAAGAAUUUGUGGAGAUAUGGAGGGCAAUCAGCAAUCGUUUUGGCAGUUCAGCGAUCAGCUCAGAGUGCAGACUUCGAACUUGGCGAAUCUCUCGUUGAACGAAUCGAUUUGGAGCAGUCCGUACACGAAGAGGCAAGAUGAGAGGCGGAAUUUUGAUAUCAGGGUCGGUGGGGAGAUCAAUUCCGGGAGCAGUUUGAAGCAGAAAGGGUUGGAUUUUAAUGGAGGUUACGAUAUGAGGGUCGGUGGGGAGAUCAAUUCCGGGAGCAGUUUGAAGCAGAAAGUGUUGGAUUUUAAUGGAGGUUACGAGAUGAGGGUCGGCGGGGAGAUCAAUUCCGGGAGCAGCUUGAAGCAGAAAGGGUCGGAUUUUAAUGGGGGUUACGAGAUGAUGGUCAGUAGGGAGAUGAAUUCCGUGAAUGAUUUGAGGCAGAAGGGCAAUGAUUAUAAUGGGUUCAACGGUGGGUGGAAAAUCGGGGUGAGCCCGUUCAUGGGUGGAGCUCAGAGCAAUGUUGGAGUCAAUGGAGGAUUCAACAAGGGCGUGUAUUCAAAGCCUGGGAACUAUAUCAAUAGCAACAUCAAUGUGAAGAACGGCAACAACAAGAAUGGGAAUUUCAAGGGAGAGGAUGAGCAUGGAGUGAAGGUUGGGAAGAAGAACAAAGGCAACAAGAACAAUAACAAUAACAACAACAACGAUGGUGAUAACAAUAGUAACGGUACUAAGACCGCUGCUGAUAAGCGCUUCAAGACGCUUCCACCAUCGGAGUCUCUCCCCAGAAAUGAGACCGUUGGUGGAUACAUCUUUGUCUGCAACAACGAUACUAUGCAAGAGAAUCUCAAGAGACAGCUCUUUGGUUUGCCUCCCAGAUACCGUGAUUCAGUGCGGGCUAUAACCCCAGGAUUACCCCUUUUCCUCUACAAUUACUCCACCCACCAGCUUCAUGGAGUUUUUGAGGCUGCAAGCUUUGGAGGAACAAACAUUGAUCCAACUGCUUGGGAGGACAAGAAGUGCCCUGGUGAAUCACGCUUCCCUGCUCAGGUGCGGGUGGUCACCAGGAAAAUCUGUGAGCCAAUGGAAGAGGAUUCAUUCAGGCCGGUCCUCCAUCACUAUGACGGCCCCAAGUUCCGCCUGGAGCUGAAUGUGCCAGAGGCACUCUCUCUGUUGGACAUCUUCAAUGAGAAAACUCCCUGAAGGGAACAACAGCAUUCAGGCAUACGGGUACACAUACAAGUUAGCAAAGAAACAAGACAGAAGAAAGAAGGAAUACAUAUAAAUGAAGUUCCAAAAGGUUGGGAGAUAGGAAGAAUAGAAGAAGGGUGUGGUAUAGAAAAUACAGCCUAUGUGUUGUAUAACCUUUUUGUUAAGGCGGUUGCUGUUGUCCCUCUAGGUUCUUUGGUUUGGGCUAUAUGUAUAAAUAAUCAUGAACCAUGAAAACAUAUCCAGUUUGAACUAUGUGCUCUAUAUAAGUGUAUGGAACAUAUAUGGCAGAUUGGAUCCUUCAUAUUUAAACUAAAUUUCACCUUCUUAUC